AUGAUCAUAGAUAAUUUAACCAUCGAAGAAACGGAACCAAUUCGACAAUUAUUUACAAAUAAUUUAUUAAAUAAUCAUCAUAUAAAAUAUAAAAAAAAUGUCCAAAUAGAAGCAUAUCAAGCAUGUAUAAAAAGUAUUCAAAGAAUUCAUGAUCAAUAUAAUAUUGAUUUAAAUACUUUUAAUCCAAUAAUCAAUAAACAAUCAAUAUGGAAAUGGGAAAUAAUUGAUUCAACUACCGAAUAUAUACCAUCAUUUUAUCAUGGGAAUUAUUAUCGAUCCAAUGAAAUUGUAAAUAAUGAUAAUAAUUAUCAUCAAUUAAGACAUUCAAUGACAAUUCCAUCAACUCCAUAUAAAAAAACAAAUAAAAUGUAUAGAAAUCAUGAUCCAAUAAACAAUAAUGAAGUAUGUUUAAAAGAUCAAUUAUAUAACAAAUCAACUUGUGGACAUUCUAUCUCAUACAAUAAUGAAUUUAAGCCUAUAUUGCCUAAUAAUCGUUCAUGUAAUCUAUUUACAUUAUGGCAACCAAAGAUAAAACGUGAACAUUGCAUUAAUUUAAACAAAGAUCAACUAACCAAUUUACAUAAACCAUUAAUGAUUGAAAUGAAAAAUUGUUCAUCUUCAAUACAUCAUCGAUCUAAAAGUUUAGAUGGUUAUUCAAAUAAUUUAAUACGAUUUAAUCAAUUAAAUCAUUUUAACAAAAGAAAAGUAAAAAAUGAAUUUUCUUCCUGUUUUGAUCUUUAUCAGACUAAUGAUGAAGAAACGAAAAACCGGUGUGAAAAAAUUGAUUAUAUAUCGAAUGAAGUGAAUGUGAAACAAAAAAAUAAGCAUAUUUCCGAAAAAUCCAAGCAAAAAGUAAAAAAUAAUCAUUCGUUAAUUACGUUAAGAAUAAAAUCGAAUACUACGGUUUCUGCUACUUAAAUAAUGAUAGGUGACUACAAAAUUGAUUUAUCAAAUGUAUAAUAUUCAAUAUUGACUUUCGACCAGAUCACCCUUUAUUAUUAUUAUUAUUAUUAUU